AUGGAGGUACCGUCAGCACGCGGCAACAUCAACCUGGAAGUUUACCAAGUUGCUGUGUUUGCCAGCAUUGGCUUCACGGUGUCUCUCUCCAUAGAAAGGUAAUAACUUGUCACUUUGUGUGUUCUUACAUACCUCUGUGUUUGUGGUUAUACAAUUAAAGAAUGCCAAUUCAUAAAACACUAAAAGGAUGUAGCAUACCUGUGUGUAAACUGUUAGCAGAUAGAAAUUUACAAACAACUGGUCUUCUAUCAGUCAUGAGGUAGUUCCUUUCUACACCUGUUUAAACUUUGUGUGGCUUGGAAGCCUGGCCUGGCACAGGACAGCUUCUUAUCAUGUACUGAGAGUGAAAAAGUGAGAGAAGGCUGGCUUACUAGUACAGUGGAGUACAUGGAGCCGAGAGGUUCUGCUCAGAAGACAACCAAAGUCAGCCGAAAGAUGGGCUGGGAGUCAUAGCACUCGGGCCCGAAUACAAAAACCAGCGCCAUUCAUCCUUUGGAUGCUCCUUUGGUCUCACAAAACUUAGGCUCACAGGAUGGCUUUGGGCCUGCUGGAUGGCGUUCAGAGGUGACUUUGCAAUCACGCAGAUAACUAAGAAAAAGAAUCUUGAUGGUCAGUUGAAACUAUUUUGAAAAUGACUUUGCGAAAUUAAAGAAAAAUCAGUGAAAGACUAAUUUUUGAUUGCUAUGUGCAAGAAGUUGAAGUUUCAAAACUUUGAUUAAAACGAUGUGAAAAAAAAAAUCAAACAACGUGAAUGAACACGUGGCGUAAAACUUAAAAGACUGAGGGCUCUAUUUUCGUGUAUGCUGGUGAGGCCAGUUUGGUAUUUUCGUGGACUGAGGCGCACGGAGGCGAGCCGAGAUCCGCCAAGCUGGGCGUGGUGGCGUGGCAGGGGGAGGUGUCGACAGAAUCAGCAGGUGCAGUGACAUUUUCGUGCUCGCCAGUGGCGUGUCAAGUGCGCUGAAAGCUCGCCCAUUCAAACCUCGACCUUCAAAUCUAGAAUGUGAUAAAGGUGCAGUUGAAAUCUCCUCCUAAUACUUCAAAUCUUACUGUCAGACAUCAUGUCUUAUCAUGUCAGACAUGAAAGCUGGGUCGUCAGCACUUGGAGCAUUACUUUCAAGAGAAUCAAAGUAGUUCCUUAAAUAGAACCAGAAACCAAAACAAACCUCCCAUUGGGUCUGAUAUUAAUUUUUCUAGUUAAAAUGGAAUUCUUUGGUUAAUUCAUAUAGCUUUUCCUCUGCUGUGUGUUUUAUAGGAGGAAAAGUCUCUUUGUCUUUGCUUUGCUCUGGAUACAGUACUUUGUAUUUCUUUUUUAUGUGCCUCAGAAUAAAACAUGUUUUAGUUUGAUUUUUUCUUUUGUAAUCAGUGUUAUUUUACUUGUGUUCAAUUAUUUACAGGUACAUGGCCAUAGUCCAUCCCCUGUGGUACCGCAUCAGACGAAGCAUCAAGUCCUCUGUUGUGAGCUGCGCUGUGGUCUGGAUCGUUUCUAUCCUGUAUCACCUGUCCGGCAGCUACAUUGUUUUCACCAUCCUGGUCUUCUUGCUGCUCAUAUUCUGCCUGGUCCAGACUUCCAGGGCCCUCUUUCGUUCUGUCUCAAUCCCUUUUGAUGAAAAACUACGGGUCAUGAUAAUUUUAGUCUUGGUGCUGCUCCCGUAUACGCUACUGUUUCUUCCUGGUUUCAUUUUCAUAUUUACCCCUGAUGUAAACACCUUUGUGUUUUUCAUCUUUUUAAGGUUAAGUCCUCUUACAGACUUGGUUCUGUGUGUUUUCAUUUGGAAAGGGGCUGUAUCCAAGCUUUUGAACGCUAUGAAGUGUUGCAAGAUGAAGAGGAAUGA